AUGGACAAGGCAAUAUUUGCGUUCGAUACGAAUUUACGUUAUUUAACGAACUCAAUAACGAAUUUCCAAAAGCUUGGAGUUGAUAAUCAAACUCAUGCCAUCACUAAAGGACGAUUUCAACUCUUGCAAAAUUACUGGAAUAAAUGCCAGGAGAAUGCCGCUAUCAUUGAGGCAGUAGCAACCGACGCAGACGCGGCACAGCUUCCCUUCUUCAAGAGCAAGCUGCUAGACAAGGCGGAGGUCUCGUACAUGCAAGCCUACGACUUCUUUCAAGAAAAACUCGAGGCAUUCAACGUCGCUUCAAUUUCCAUUCCUGUACCAACGGCGGCCGCAACGACGUCCAUCAACGAGAUCCGAUUGCCGAAGAUCAACUUGCCUUCUUUCUCCGGGCAAUACGUCGACUUUCUUAACGAGUACGAAGAGCUCGGGCAUAUGCAAAAAAUCGAAAACGUGCAACGCUUCUUUCAACCGACGUUUCUACCUCAUCAUCCAGUUAUUCGCGAGGACAAUACUACAACCAAACUUCGUGUAGUGUUUAAUGCCUCGGCAAAUACCUCGAAUAACACUUCUUUGAAUGACCAUCUUAUGAUUGGUCCAAAGUUGCAAGCCGAUCUUCCGGCGAUUAUUCUUCAAUGGCAUCGUAUAGAUGUUCAAAAGCAAUGCACCGUAGGUCUCAGGUAG